CCCCUAGCUCUCAAUGACGUCGGCCAGCUCCUGCGCUGCUCUUUCCUUGUUAUUGACAGCUCCGCCCCAGCUCUCGCUCCGCCCCACCUUCCCUCCCUGUUUAAGAUUCAUCAUCUAUAGGUCGUGCCGCCUUCUGGUCUCUCUACACUGUACCAAUUCCUUCCCCAAAGGCCCCACUACCAACACCACCCGGCCAUCCAACCCUCCGAGUGCGCGUGCCCGUUCUUCCCAGCCCUCCCUUCUCUCUCCUCCCCACCGAGUCUGAGCCAUCCCACGCGCGCGCGCGCGCGCGCGCGAUCCCCGGCUGUCUGGAGUCAGUUGCUCCGGCGUCCGCGCGCGCUGGUCUGUCCGUGCCCCUGCCCCUGCCGCUGCUGCCGCCGCGGGGGCCGCCGGGGCCUCGUCCUGUCGCCGCCAGCGGAGCGCGAGCGCCGGGACCCGGGCGCGCGGCCCCCCCGCCCAGGCUCAGCCAGCCAGAACAUACCCAGUAUGUGUGAGCAGUUCUGUAGAGCUCCAGGAAUGCUGACUAUUUGCCAAGCCAGAGAAAUGCAUUUUUGACUAUAAAACUGCUAAAUUCCCAGAUCAGCUAUUUUUCCUGAAGGACUUUAAAUGGAUAUUUACAAUAUAUCUACAGAGAUAGACUAAGAAUGACCUACCAAGGUAUGUAGAUUGUAAGUAGUUCAUGAACUUUUUCAACUUUGACUUAGAAUUUUAUUGAUAGAUAUUCGUAAAUUGUAGCACAGAGUAUUAUAUUAUUUAAUAAAAAUGCUUAUUUCCAAUGGACUUUAUUUACCUGAGCAGCUUUUUCAUAACUCAAGGCAUUCUAAACUUUCAUCCCUAAUUUAUUCAGACCCUCAUAAUAGUAUUAUACUCUGUUUACAAGGCCCCACUUGCCAGUUGGGAUAAUUGCCCUACAUAAUUAAAGAAAACCCAAACCAGCUGUUUAAAAAAAAAAAAAAACAUGCAAAGUUUUUUUUUUGUUGUUGUUGUUGUUUUUUAAAGACAGGUUGCCAUUGCUAAAUGGUUUCCUGGCUCUCUUCUCUGAAUGCCAAUUACCACUCUAAAAUUUGACCAGUGAUAUCAUAGAUCUUUUUUUUCAUUAUCUAAUAAAUUUACCCAAUUACAUUCAAGCUUACACUUCCUUACUCAAGAGUCAUCUGGUAUUCUGUCUUCUUCCUCAAAUUUUAUUUACAAAAUUCUUUUCUCAAUGUAAUGCAAGAAGCAAUUAUCAAAUACUUAACCAUGGUCACUCCUUAACCACUUAGUACUCUGUUAGUUAAUGCUUCUGGUCUGUUUCUUUCUUCAAAUUUAAAAGAGGCAUGCCUUUCUAGAACUACUCUCCUCUUUGUAACAAAAUCUCUUCUUUCUAGUUCUUUUAGGAAAAAAAAAACUUAUUUAUUUUUCUCUGAAGAGCCCCCCCCCCAACAUUACUCUCUCUUUCUUUUCCUCUUCCCCUAUACCCUAAUUUGGUUUUCUUUCUCUUAUAAGUUUCCUUUUCAGCUAGAAUAUUCCAUCUGAAUUUCCUUUGUGUACUAAUCCAAUACAGUCCAAUGAACACUUAUUAAAUGCUUUGCUGAGUGCCAAGUACUAUGCUAAAGGCGGGGGCUAUGAUUCAUUUUUUUAAAAAAAAGACAGUCCCUGCCUGAAGAAGUUUACGAUCUAAAGGGGAGUAAAUACACAAAAAGAGGGGGGCAAUAAAGUAGGGCAAUCUCGGACAUCUUGUUCCAUGAAAUUGAAGUAAGACCAAGAACAGUGGUUCUCUAAAAUAGUAGUGUGUCAAGUAAAAACAUCCUUUUUGGCCAUAUCUUGACUUAGAAAAUCAUAAGUUAGAACUGAUCCAACCAUUCUGAAAAGCAAUUUGGAACUGUACUCAAAGGAUUUUAAAACUAUGCCUAUACCCUUAGAUCCAGCAAUAUCGAUGACUAAGUCUGUAACAUAAAAAAAGUUUUUUAGAAAGAGGAGAGGGCAGACCUACAUGUACAAAAAUAUUUAUAGCAACUCUUCUUAUAGUGACUAAGAAUUGGAAAUUGAGGGAAUGCCCAUCAAUUGGGGAAUAGCCUCACAAGCUGUGGGUAUAUGACUAUGAUGGAAUAUUAUUGUGCUAUAAGAAAUGAUCAGUAACAGAAUCAAAACACUUUUGAGGAGACACAGAGUGAAAGGAGAGAGAAUAAAUGAGGGGAAAUACAAAUAUCAAUAGUAAUUGUAUUUCAAAUUUCAAAUUUGAAAUACUAUUUCUAAUAGUAUUUUGAAUUUUAAAGCAAGUUUCUCUGAUAAUGCCUCAUUUCUCAAAUAUAGAGGAAACUGAGUCAAAUUUAUAUAAAAUAGGAGCCAUGCCUAGAUUGAUAAAUGAUCAAAACAUAUGAUCUGUGCCCAAAGGGCUAUAAAUUUAUGCAUAUCCUUUGACCUAACAAUACCACUACAAGGCAUGAAUGUCAAAAGAGAUUCAACAGAAAAAAAAAAAAGGAAAAUGACUUAUAUGUACAAAAAAAAUGAUAGCAGCUCUCUUCUCAGGGCUUUUUUGCCCUGAGAAUUUUGAAAAUUGAGGGGAUGCCCAUCAAUUGGGGAAUGACUCCAUAAACUGUGGUAUGUGUUUGUGAUGGAAUAUUGUUAUUCUAUGGGAAAUGAUGAGCAGGAUGUUCUUAGGGAAAAAAAUUAUGGAAAGUCCUCCAUGAACUCAAACAAAGUGAAAUGUAUUAUAUACAAAGUAAUAGCAAUGUUCUGGAAUGACUAGUUUGCUGUUCUCAGUAGUUCAGUCAUCCACAACCACUCUGAAGGACUUAUGAAAAAUCCUAUUCGUAUCCAGAGAAGACACUGAUGUAUCUGAAUAGAGAUUGAAGUAUUCUUUCUCUUUCUAUCUCUCUCUUUUUUUUUAACUUAAUUUUUCUUGAGGGUUUUUAUUUUUAUUAGAGUGGGAGAUCCAUGUUUUCUUUCACAAUUGGACAUUUAUGGAAAUGUUUUGCAUAAUUUUACAUGUGGUUUUUUAAAAUUGUGGGUGGGAUAAGGGAGAAAACCUAGAACUCAAAAAUUUUGAAAAAAAUGUAAAAAAAUUGUUUUGAAUGUAAUGGGGUAAAUAUUAAAUAAAUAAAAAAAGAAGAGAAAAGAAAGUAAGAAAGAAAAAGAAAUUACCAUCAAGAUGCUUUCAGAAAAACCUGAAAUGACUUCCAUGAACUUAUUCAAAGUGGAGUGAGCAGUACCUGGAGAACACAAUGAUAGCAAUAUUGUACAAUGAAGAACUGUGAAUCAUUUAGUUCUUCUGGGCAGUACAGUGAUCCAAGACAAUCCCAAAGGACUCUUGACAAAACAUAUUCUCCACCUCCAGAGAAAGAACUGAUAUUGUUUGAAUACAGACUGAAGCAUGAUAUAUUCUUUCCUUCCUUCUUUCCUUCUUUUUUGUUUGAGUCUUCUACAAAAUGACUAAUAUGGAAAUGUUUUACAUGAUUUGCAUAUGUAUAAUCUAUGUCAGAUUGCUUACUGUCUCAGGGAGGGGAAAAAGGAGAAAGGGAAGGAUAGAAUUUGGAACUCAACAUUUUUUUUUAAAUGUUAAUUGUUUUAACAUGUAUUUGGGGGAAAAUAAAUUUUUAAAAAAUCAUAAUUUAACAUCAUCUGUGCUGUUAUUGAUUGCUUUCAGUUGUAUCUGACUUUUUGUGAUCCCAUUUGUUUUGUUGUUGUUGUUUUGGUUUUUUGUUUUUUUAAGCAUAAAAAUAGAAGAGUUUGCUGUUUCCUUCUGUGAUUCAUUUUACAGGUGAGGAAACUGAAGCAAAGAGUUAAGUAACUUGUCCAGGGUCACACAGCUAGAAAGCAUCUGAAAAUAGAUUUGAACUCAAGAUGUCUUCCUGACUUUAGACCAGGAAAUGUUAAUGAAAACCAAUGCUGAGACUGCUGGAGUUUUCAUUGGAAACAACAGAAUUCUUUAAUUUACCAUCUGCCCCUGUAACGGAACAGUUAUUUUUGAUGAUAGUUGACCAUCAUUUAGAGAUGGACAUAGGGCUGAAUCAUAACCACAGGUGCUGCGACAAAGAACACUUUAAAGAUGCAUAAAAGUCUGUUUAAAGUGAAGAGGAAGAACUGGAUAAAAUAAUGAGGUUUAAAAGGGAAAAUGUACACUCUUCAGCCAAUUGAGAUUCAGCUCUUGGAGAAUACUUCUUUGAACCUCAUGGAUUAGCUGGAAUUUGGACUGUGAAGCCCUUGCUGAGAAGAGCUUUCAAGCUUUGAUCACCUGAACAGACUCUAGCAAUGGCCAGCAAACGGAAAUCUACCACCCCUUGCAUGAUACCAGUAAAAACUGUGGUGUUACAGGAAACAGAAGCAGACCCUGUUGAAGGUUUUAACGAAGGAACUCAGCAAGAGUUACCUCCUGAAACUUCUACUGUUAAUGAUGCUGUUAACAACAACAAUAAUAAUAAUGGAACACUAUCUAAUGGGCAUCGAAGUACUUUUGAUGGUGAUUCUUACAUAUGUAAAUAUUGUGAUUUUGGGUCUCAAGACAUGAAUCAAUUUAUGGGGCAUAUGAACUCAGAACACACAGACUUUAAUAAAGACCCCUCUUUUGUAUGUAUUGAAUGCAAUUUUAUGGCAAAAACCUCUGAAGGGCUUUCACUCCACAAUGCCAAAUGUCAUACUGGUGAAAUCAGCUUCAUUUGGAAUGUGGCCAAACAGGACAAUCAUUUAACUAUAGAACAAAUCAUCUCUGAUAGCACCAGCAGUCACGACCUUUCAGGGGAAUCCUAUGAAGAAGGGAUAGAUGGACAAGCUGAAAUUAUUAUUACUAAAACUCCAAUUAUGAAGAUAAUGAAAGGGAAAGCUGAAGCCAAAAAAAUUCACACACUGAAGGAGAACUUGCCAAAUCCAUCUGCUGGAGAGAAUUUAUUAAAUCAGCCAUCUGGAGAGAACUUACUCAGUCAGUCAGUUGGUGAAACUGAGAUGAAAGAGAGUGACCAUUCUUUCACCAAUGGAUCUGUCCCGGUCAGCCAGGCAACCAGCAACCCUGUGAAAACUUCACACGUUGCCAAUGGCCCGCUAAUUGGAACCGUGCCUGUUUUACCUGCUGGCAUAGCUCAGUUUCUAUCUAUUCAACAGCAGCCCCAAGUGCAUACACAACACCAUCACCACCAGCCACUGCCUACAUCUAAGUCACUUCCCAAAGUGAUGAUUCCAUUGAGCAGCAUUCCAACAUACAAUGCAGCCAUGGACUCAAAUAGCUUCCUGAAAAACUCUUUCCAUAAGUUUCCUUACCCAACCAAAGCUGAGCUUUGCUACUUGACUGUUGUGACCAAGUACCCUGAAGAACAACUAAAAAUUUGGUUUACUGCCCAAAGAUUGAAGCAAGGUAUCAGUUGGUCCCCUGAGGAGAUAGAAGAUGCAAGGAAAAAGAUGUUUAACACAGUUAUCCAGUCAGUACCUCAGCCUACAAUCACAGUUUUAAAUACUCCUUUGGUUGCCAAUGCUGGCAACGUCCAACAUCUCAUUCAGGCUGCCUUACCCGGUCAUGUUGUUACAGGGCAACCAGAAGGUACAGGCGGAUUGCUGGUUACUCAGCCAAUAAUGGCCAAUGGGCUACAGGGGACAAGUUCCUCUCUCACCUUAGCGGUUACCUCUGUUCCCAAGCAGCCAGCUGUUGCACCACAUAACACUGUUUGCUCAAAUACUGCAUCCACCGUGAAGGUGGUAAAUGCUGCUCAGUCUCUGCUCACUGCAUGUCCAACUAUAACUUCCCAAGCUUUCUUAGAUUCUAGCAUCUACAAAAAUAAAAAAUCUCAUGAACAGCUAUCAGCUUUGAAAGGUAGCUUUUGUAGGAAUCAGUUCCCUGGACAAGGUGAAGUAGAGCACUUGACCAAAAUCACAGGCCUCACUACAAGGGAGGUUCGAAAAUGGUUCAGUGAUCGAAGAUAUCAUUGCAGAAAUCUGAAAGGUACUCGGAGCAUGUUACCCGGAGAUAGUAGUUCUAUGAUUAUGGAUUCCACACCUGAUGUUACCUUCACUCUGUCACCCAAAGCACCUGACUUAGCCUGUGUGACAACAGCAACAACACCAGGAAUUCAUCACUCAGCCAAACGGCAAUCCUGGCAUCAGACACCAGAUUUCACCCCAACAAAAUAUAAGGAGAGAGCUCCAGAACAGCUCAGAGCCUUGGAAAGCAGUUUUGCACAAAAUCCUCUUCCCCUUGAGGAAGAAGUAGACCGACUGAGAAGUGAAACCAAAAUGACCAGAAGAGAAAUCGAUAGCUGGUUUUCAGAGCGGCGGAAAAAAAAGUCCGCAGAAGAGAAUAAAAAAUCUGAAGAAGCAGCUUCUCAGGAGGAAGAAGAGGCUGAGGAAGAUUGCGGUGAAGAGGAUCCCGCUGAUGAGUGGAGGGCUUCAAAUGAAAAUGGCUCUUCAGAGGCUGCUGGUAGUGACCAUCCUCGAGUGGAGCGGAAAGUCAGCCCCAUCAAAAUCAAUCUCAAGAAUCUGAGAGUGACAGAGGCCAAUGGCAGAAACGAAUCAGUAGGACUGAGUACUAAUGACCACGAGGAUGAGCAAGGUUUGAGCAAAUCCCUGGAACAACCCAAGAACAAAGUGAAUUAUAAAAAGACUGCCCAGCAAAGGCACUUGCUCAGGCAGCUGUUUGUCCAAACCCAGUGGCCAACAAAUCAGGAAUACGAUGGUCUUGUCUCCCAGUCUGGCUUGCCCAGGGCAGAGGUCGUGCGCUGGUUUGGAGACAGCAGAUAUGCACUUAAAAAUGGACAACUGAAGUGGUAUGAGGAUUAUAAGCAUGGUAAUUUCCCCCCUGGUUUAUUGGUCAUCAGUCCAAGCAAUAGAGAGCUGCUUCAGGAUUAUUAUAAAACCCACAAAACGCUGUAUGAAGAUGAUCUUCAGGGCCUAUGUGACAAAACUCAGAUGAGCUCACAACAAGUUAAAUUGUGGUUUGCUGAAAAAAUGGGUGAGGAAACCCGAGCUGUAUCUGACACUUGCAGUGAGGACCAGUAUUCCAGUACUGGAGAACAAGCAGGAAAUCACAAAGGAACAUGUGACACCUAUUCAGAAGUGUCUGAGAAUAGUGAGUGCUGGGAGCCCAGUGGCCAGGAGAUCAGUUCAGAACCUUUUGAUACACUGAGCCCUCAAGCUGGAAUCCAGCUAGAAGCAGAUUGAAUUUACACUGACUGCUAUGAAGGAUCUGCCAAAUAUGGGAAGAUGUCAAAUGGAACGGGUCAGAUCUGAACCUCUGCUGCAGGGGCCAGUUUCAGUGCCUGCUGCUGUGAGACUUUUACCCAAGCACACUGGGGAGAAGCUGUUGGGAACUCACUGGUCACACCAGAGCUCUUCACAGCCAACUUAGGAUGAGAUGCUGAGCUGGAGAGCAGGGUUCAUGUCAGAUUCUUUCUCCCGCAAUAUAGGACCUCUUCUUUGCCUUCCAGUGGAUAAAAUAUUUCAGAUUUCUUAUUCAUGUACAACAGAACCAACUUUUUUAACAUAUACAUCUGCCUAUACACAUUUAAUAAAACAUCAAAUUAUAAA